AUGCCAUACAUCAAGAUCAACAUGGUCUACACUGUACUGACGAAGACUGUUGCGCUGACCAAGAACCACAACGACAUGCCUAUCAACAUUCAGCAGGGGAUCGACAUUGACUGUCAGGACAGCCCUGAACAGAGAGAAGUGAUACGGGCAUGGCUGAAGGAGAGAGAUGAUCUCAGAAACUACACAAAAGGCGUGUUCAAUCCACGGUUUGGCAGUCUGUUUCGGACAUACCACAAUCCAACUUACUUCACUCGACGCCUGGCCCGGUUUGCUGACAUGUACAUGUCGAGUCUGACAAACCUGCUCCACUACUCAGUAGACCACUCCUUCUACCCACACCGAGUGUUGCUGCCACACGAACCAGGCCCCUUCUCCAAGUACUGAGUGGAAACAGUACAC